AUGAGAGAAGUAAGCGGGCGUAGGAAGAGAAGGUAUAUCCCAAUUGAUGUUGAAGAGGUGGAAGUUCGGUCUAAGUACUUUAAAAAGAAAGAAGAUAAGGCUGAUGAGUCACUACAAAAGCCUAACGUUACCAAAGACUCACAAAGCAAAUAUGCUGUAAACAUCGACUGGAUCAAGGCACUGAAGCCGAUAGAGUAUUUCGAGUGGAUUGAUUCGAGGACCUGUGACAAUCCAAAAGCUUGGGAACGAGUAAUAACUAGAGAAGAAAUGGUCAACGAUUCUGGGGCAGAAAUUCCUGAAACUUUUUUACCCAUUUACAAUAGAGUAAGAUUAAUGAGGUCCAAAGUCAACACGCCAGUAGAUUCAAUGGGAUGUAGUAUGAUUCCUGUCUUAAUUGCAGAUAAGUGUGGGAUACCGAGUGAGAAAGUCAACCCAAAGAACUUCAGACUUCAGUUCCUUAUUGGCACUAUGCUUUCUGCCCAAACAAGGGAUGAACGAAUGGCUCAAGCCGCCUUAAAUAUCACGGAGUACUGCUUGGACACUUUAAAGAUAUCGGAAGGUCUUACUCUAGAUGGGUUACUUAAAAUCGACGAGUCGAUAUUAGCAGACUUAAUUCGCUGUGUUAGUUUCUAUUCUAGAAAAGCCAAUUUCAUCAAGAGAACAGCUCAGUUACUGGUAGAUGAUUUUGGCUCUGAUAUACCGUUCGAUAUAGACGGAAUUCUAUCAUUACCUGGCGUUGGGCCCAAGAUGGGCUAUUUGACACUGCAAAAAGGCUGGGGUUUGAUCGCCGGGAUAUGCGUUGAUGUGCACGUUCAUAGAUUGUGUAAUAUGUGGAAUUGGGUGGAUCCUAUCAAGUGCAAAACUGCAGAACACACCAGGAAGGAACUACAGGCUUGGUUACCUCAUUCGCUAUGGUACGAAAUUAACACUGUUUUAGUUGGAUUCGGUCAAUUGAUCUGCAUGGCAAGGGGUAAAAGAUGUGAUUUAUGUCUGGCGAACGACGUUUGUAAUGCUCGUAAUUCGAAACUAAUUAAAUCUUCCAAAUUUCACCAAUUGGAAGAUGAGGAAAACAUGGAAAUAGUGUAUUCGCACUGGUUGGAUACACUUGCAAAUGGCAUUAAAACGCAGAGGUACAAGAAGAAGUAA